AUGGUACUAAUUUUACUGGUAUCGGUCACUUAUUCCGUUUCUUUUACUUCUCUUUUACAGCACUUUUUGUUGGGGUUUCUUGUUACCAUCGGCAUCGGAUCGGUGUCCUCCUAUAAAGACGCCCUGCAUGCUUACGCACCAGAAUAUGCCCAUCCGGCGUACUCGUUCAGCUACGGCGUGAAGGACCUGCACAGUGGCGACGUGAAGUCACAGUGGGAAACGCGCGACGAUGGCAUCGUCAAGGGUCACUACAGCGUCGUCGAGCCGGAUGGGUCGAUCCGGGAGGUGGAUUAUACGGCCGACUCGAAGACGGGCUUCAAUGCGGUGGUGAAGACGCACGGGCCGAACGCACACCCGGUACAGGACGAUCAUCAUCCGCAUCACCACCACCAGCAGUACUACGAUGAGCACCACUCGCAGUCGAAGAUCAACCACUUCAGCAAGGGCCAGGACCAUCUGAUACUGAGCUCCGAUCUGCCGCAGCACGAGAAGGAGAUAGCGGAGAUCAGCGAAAAGAAGCGCCCGAUCCCGUCGAUCCUGGAGCUGAAGCCCCACGUGAACCUCGAGAAGCCCCUGGUCGCCUACAAACACUACGAGCCACCGAGGACGGUCUUCCAGCAUCACUACGUGUACGAUGAGCCAAACCGGCACAUCACGGCGGACACGGAACACAAGCACUACGCACCUUCGGAUCUUCCUUCGUCCUUCUUUUCCGAGCCGCUCGACGACAGCCAGGAGCUGUUCAAGCCGAGUAUUCGCAUCGAAGAGGUGAAGGCGCCGGAUCUAUCGAAGCUGAAGCCCAUCUCACCGGACGUCGACUUUUCGAAGCUAUCCGAGAGUGACCUCGGACCGUACUACACCAAGGAUAGCUAUCGUCCGUUCGCGCAGUACGCGAACCACGUGUCGCAUCCGGUGACGCUGCAGAAAGCCAAAGUUCACACGGUGCACGUGGACAGCCGGCCGAAGAAGAACCUCCUGAAGCCGCUGACUACGCCCGGGUUGAAGAACUUUGCCACGCCCUCGGUGUACAAGUUUUCGGCCCGCGCUGGUCCGCUCCCCGGUGGCCGGCCCGACUACUCCAGUUACUUCAAGGCGAAGGCAACGCGUCAGGCUCGCACCGGCCCGAUUCCGUUCCCGUCGGACGAGCAGAAGCAGGCCUCGCAGCGCAUGGUCGCGUCGAUGUUGUCGAGGCAGAAAGCUCGCAAACAGCAUCCGGUGUACGCCAACAGCUACUACUAG